CAAACAAGUUUACCUCGAAGGAAAUUCGUCCCGUUGGACCCCAGCAACCGGUUUGAAAAAGGUCUAAAUCAGGUUGAAAAGUUUUUUGCUUGGACAUCAGACAAGUCAGACCAUGAUUAACGAGGCAUCUUGGACGCAAAUGAAGACAACGACCGCUACAGACGACACGUCCGCUUUCGUGAAGUUCACAGAUAUAGGUACGAAUUUUGUCGCACUGGUGCUCUGAUUCGACUGAGAUUUGCCUUCUACCUUGUCUUUUGUGUACAUUUUAAGUAUUUAAGUACUGCAUUACAACUUAGCAGAUACUUCGUGCAAAACGGGUGAAGCGAAAAUCGAAAAUUCUGCAAUAAUCCCGUCACAAUCUUUUGUUUUCUUGAAACGUCUUUGUAGUCUCCCAUGAGGUUUAGCGGGAAUUUGCAUACACUUGUCAGACACUCAUCAAUGAAUGCUCGUGUCUUGAAUAAUUUAUAUUUCAGUCGCUUUAGCAAAAUAUAUCAAGUAAGAAAUAUUGUGGUGCCUCUCAAAGACACAUGGAGAAUCAGGCGGUAUAUCAGGGGAGAAGAAACAGGAUUCCUUUGUCAAAGGUUGAAGUGAAACGUAAUCCUGUUUCGCUGUCAGGCGUUCAAUUGCAUGAAUAGAUGUCCAAAAUCACUCAAGUUUGUUUCUCCUUGCUGGUAUCUAGAAACUUUAUCAGUCUGUGCUCGUAAGGAAUCCUGUUAUAUUCCAACGAUAUUCGUUUUGGAAUUUUAAAACCUUAUACUGGUUCUGUUGAUAAAUACGAAAUCUAGACUGUUGGACCACAGGUGCGAUAUGAAAACGUCUUUAUAAAGCUCUUUUAAAUGCUGUAAUUUGAAAUAACCUCUCUCUUGAAAUAAUGUAACAGCAAAUGCUUUUGAACCAAAAAAGGUGCAAGAUUAUUUUGUUUUCACAUUAGGCAGAAAACGCACAAGAAAGCGCAAAUAAAAUUUACUUUCUGUGCUGUACUGUAUUACGCUCGCCACCGGGGGGAUUUUGCGAGAUGCAUCUGCGUAUGCAUCUAUGUCUUUAGCUGCCUUGUUUGAAUAGAAAAAAAGGCGCCAAAGAAGGUGUGUAUUUUUUGGGAGCAGUUGACAAGACUGUUUUGUCGCUCGGCGAGAAAAACGGGACAAAACACUUAUUAUUGAAAAUAUUAAAAUUAUAAAUUAACUGUCAAAACUUGAAUUUAUCCUAGGCAAUCUUUAUCGCGACUUUAUGAUAAAGACUUUGUAUGGAAGCACUACCAAAUCAGGAAAUCACAAACUAUCCUCUUAAGAGAUAAAAUUGAAAUUUGCUAAAACUUUAAAGUAACUCUGAAAUUUUAUUGGCAGAUAAAAAAAGAAAAUAAAAUGAUAUUAAAUUUUCUUCCCUAAUGUGGACAUUUGUGACUGGGCGCCAUGUGGCAUGUGUCAACACUCUUGUUCCAUAUUUGGAAAAAGAAUGAUGUCAUCGUUUCAAAAUAACCAAUAGGCGGAGCUACAAUUGAUUGAUAACUCCCUGGAUGCCAAGCGAGCUUCACUUGCAAAGAAAGAAGGCGUGUGGGAAGGAUUGGCAUAGUUGUUGACUACUCAAAAAUCACAUUUAUCCCGUCAGUUCCACCGUUUACUCUCUUUCCAGAGAGUUUAAAUUCUCGCAGAGCGUUUAUUUAUGUCGAAUUCUUGAAACUGAGCUCAUAAACUAUAGCAAAACGAUGGAUUUCGUUGAGACAAAUCCCUUCGAAACAGGUAAUUUUGUUUGCCGGUAAACUCAUCCGACUUUGGUUGCCGCCAAUUUUAUAUUUUUUUGAAUGGAAUACUUGAAACCAAUGCUGUGUUCGUAGUAGUUGUAUGUUUUUCUCGAUAGUAUAGUAUUUAAUAUUGAUCCACUUCGGUAAACAGCCAGUUUUGGCGGCCAAAUGCAUUUGAUAUUUUGGUCACAUGUUCUGUGUGAAAUGUUCAUGCAUAUUUUAAUAUUGCUUUUAGUGUAUUUUACCCGUCUGCUGUGAGCUCUUCCUGUCAGGGAAGCUGUCAAUUUGUUUGUCGUGUAAGCACUCUAAAUUUUCCAAUUUCCUCGCGUGCUUUUUGCGUGCGUCAAGUGUUUAAAACUUUCAUCUCGCUGUUCUCAGCUCGCCCGUGCGACUUGAUCAAAGCGAUUGUGAAACAACGUGCCAGAAUAAUGUUAUCCGCCGUGAAUGAUGAAGUUUAUCCAACAGCAAGUAUAAAUGGAACAAACAAUGGGUGGUGGCGAACAUUUCAUUUAAAUUUCGCUUUGGAUAUUUCCGUCCGCCGUAACCUUAAUAUCAAGAUGACCUAUGUUAAUCAGUACAAAAAGAUUUCAAUGCAAGUCGUGACCUUGUAAGCGAAGCGUGCAAAAACACGACUUAUUUGUUCCGCUGUAACUUGUUAUCGACUCUUCCAGCUUAUUUAAAGUUGUAGUACGUUUUUGUUCCAUUUUAGCCCAUUAACCGCAAGCGGCAUAUGGUUUAGCGGUGACAGUGGCGUACAAACCUUGUAUUACGUAAUUGUACAAUAGUUAAGACAACUAAUAUUCUGGUGUUACAUUUCCCUCAUUUUAACACCUUUUUCUUUCCCAGAUCAUUUUACCCCUGACACUCAAGACAAGGAAAUUGGACUUUUCAAUUCAUCACAGCCAAGUGGUGUGUACUGAAAUUGUUUUUGAUUUUUCCUCCUUUUUUGUAGCAACUAGCCCUGUAACCUUUAACCUACCGCUUUUUUUGUGUCCGUAAGUAAUAUUUUAGCCUAUUUACUGAGAGGCAGAUUCCUUUAAUUUAGAACAAAUAAAAUUCAAAGCAUUGUAAGCUGUUUUCUACACAGCAUGUAUCGUCUGCAUGAUUUCAAAGGAGUGGUGUUCUGCACAGUUCUGGAAACUAUUGCAUUGGCUCUGCUUGUACUUUGCCCUUUAAUUGCCCAAUCUUUUAAGUAUCGUUUUUCACUAAAAAUAACUUGCCUAUUUUUGUAUUUAUUAUUUUUGACAUUAGCAAGAUUUAAUACCAAUUAAUUUAUUUUUUAAAGCGUAUUUUGUUUUCUUGUGAUUUCACACAGAGUUUAUGGUUUCCUAAUCAUAGAUAAUUGCGGUAAUAAAUUAGACAAGAAGUUUGUUUUGUAUUGCAAAGUGAUUUAAUUUCAUUGGAAGUUAUAAAGUAUACUAAUACAUUCUUGGUAUAAAUUCAUCGAAACAUAUCUGCACAAUUAAUUACAAUUGUAAGAAAAUGUGCAAUGGUCACUCCAAGUUACAUUGCUGAACUCUCUUUUUUGUGGCAAUCACAAAGUGUCAAAAUGGAAACUAAAGCAGAUAUUCACAAUUAUCAGCUUUUGAAUUCUUAAAAUAAACAAAUCACCAAUUAAUCUUGUAGCCAAAGAUGGGUUUGUUUUUUUUACAGUUUUAAAGGGGUUUUACCGUGAGAUUAUGACUCUCUAUGUAUGUGGUGAAUUGGAUUCUUAUAAGUUCAAUUUCUUCCUUCUAAGCCCAGGGUUCGCAUUAGCACUACACCCCCUUUCCCAGUGCUAGUGUGGAUUAAGCCCGUCAGGCAAGUGCGAAUCAUGUAUUAUUACUAGCCUGGUUUGGUGAUGGAAAUUUCCAUUUUCUACAAAUUAAUUGGCUUCUAUUCAAAUAACAUUAAAUUUUGUCGUUCAAAUAUCAAUAAAGUUGACUGGCCUUGGUGUAAAGAUAGCCAAGACAGUAUUUCUAGUAAACUCCAGGGUAAAAAAAGUACCAGUAACAGUGGUACAGUUAAGGUAUUUAGCUAAACUGGUGAGAGGAAUUUUUAUUCAGUUCUGAAUGUUCAAUGCUUUGUCUGUACAGGUGAUUUUCCUGCAGGAGGGGAUGGACCACCCUUCCCAAUGGAUUUUCUGGAGACUCCAGUGAUUCCCCCACUUCCAGGAAUGAUUGACCUUUAUGAAUCAGAUGUUUCUGACAGUUGUCCAGCAUCACCUUCCCCACUUUCCUCACCAUCAGUCAGGUCAUCAUCCUCAGAGAGUGGUAUUGAGGAUGUCAGUGAUAUGGAAGAUACACCAUCUGUUUGCAGUCAGAUAAUUGGGGGAAAUGCUGUCAUGAAGAAAGGAAACCCCCCUUCCCCACUGAAUUCUCUAACCCAAGCGUCAGAGAUUACCAAUGGUGGUAAAAAGCGACGCAAAAGCUCAAGGAAAACCUCCAGUGACAGCAGUGUGUUGGAGGAACUGAACAAGUUACUUGCUGCAACAUCGACUUCAGUGGAUCAUUCUGGGUUCCAGCCCUCUCAGGCCAUUACUGGCCUUGAUGUUAUGGUUGGCAUUCAGACCACAGCAUCCCCAACUUCUGUGUCCAACAGUUGCCCUCUGUCUGUUGAGGGUGGUCAGGCCACCACACUUGCUCAGGCAUUGUCCAUUUCUUCAUCCUCCAAUCAGAUGAUGUCAUCAGCCUCUGUUACCAAAGUCAGCAGCUCUCCACCAGCUGCUCCUUUGUCCAAAACAAGGAGCAAACCAUCCAGGAAUACCAAAAAGUCUGAUGAACCAAAGAUUGUCAUAGUUGAAGAGCCUGAAGAGGUAGGUUAAACCUGUUCACACUGCGCUGCAACAACACAUAGACUAGCUUUCACAUUGAUCCAUAUUAUCUGUUUAGUUGGUCUAAUGAGUAUACUGAAAAAGACCAUGACUUUUGUGACCUGUUACGUCCUCUCCAUUCUAAUGUUGCAUAAUGUUAUACUUUGCCAUGUACUUACAGCUGAGUUUUACAAUUUUUUUUUGUAGAACUAUAGAGCAAGAUAUGAAAGUGAAGGAUGCAGAGGUCCAAUUCAUGGAUCUCAAGAAAACAGUUUUCCAGCUGUUAAGGUAAGCCCAGUGUCCUGGUUGAGUUUUUCUGUCAUCCAUGAGGGAAAGAUGAUGCUAUCAAGCAGAUUAGUAUUAGAAAAAUCAAUAAUUCAACAUUACUGUAAUAUCGUUGUAUGUAAUAUCUGUAAUAUCAAAAUAUGUUGUCAUCGUAAUCAGAAUUUCUUGACCCUUCAUUGGAAGCAGUAACAGGAUUUCACUCUUUUGGGUGAUAACAGUUGGCUUGUGAGCCCAGUGAUAUGAUGUUGAAUUUGCCUGUUUAUCUACUUAGGUUACUGGAUAUACUGGUUCAGUUUGGAUUACAGUUCACCUAACUACCAGUGGUGGUGUGCCGCAUUAUCACUCUAUUCAUGGUCCUGGAUCCACUAAGGUGCCUUGUAAAGAGACCACAUUACCUGGGGGAGUCCCAGCUGUUCAAGUAAUGGUUGCACCGGAUUCAAAUAUGACUGCUGUGUAAGUACUUGCCUUUGCACAUAGUUAAGAAAGGAGUGCUUGAGUUCUAACUCUGAUAAAGGCAACAAUUUAUGCAGUAUUAAGUGUAGAACAUCCUUUUUGUUAUUGGACAGAAUUUGAACUAAUUAUGUUGAUACCCUUUUGUCUGCAGGCUUGAUUCUUUAAGCAUUCGUAGACUGCGAAACUGGGAAGGUGAUCGAGAAUUGAGAAAAAGGGGUAUUGAUCCAAGAACAUGGAAGAAAGAACGCAAGGAAGCUCGGCUCUUGUUUCAGGCAGAGAUCCCUGAACAUGAUGGCCAUCCUGCCAUUAAGCUUACUUCCAAGUCCAAAGUCUUCCAAUGUAGUUCAAGUAAGUUUGAGUUGUGGAAUACCUUUAUUUUCUCCACCAAGCCCAGGGAUGCCCUUAAGAGGCAGCUGCUGGCUAAUUUCAGCAAGUGAAAAUGACCCUACAACCAGCUCCAAUUGCUCUGGAAAACAAAGACAUGGGGUCAUUUUAACUGUUCAUUUGAGUGAAAAAGCUGGCUUGACUCAUAAAAAUGCCUGCCUAGCUUUUCUGUAGCUACAUCCCUGCAUGCCCAAAUUUCAACUCAGGUUCUCAUUCUUGUGGAAUAAAGUGCAACUCCUCUUACUCUUAUUGAUUAUGUAGGAAUCUUAACAAUGUGUUAACUUCGUUUGCUUCUGUUUUUUUUCUAUGUAGCUGGUCCCCCUGGAAAUCCUGAAAUCUGGUGGGCCAGUAUCAGUGAGGGUUCUGUUGAGGGUGGCGAUGAACUGGGUCUGAUUGGAAAAAAGUUUCAGUCAGGUGAAUUUUUUUAAGUGUUCUUGUUGGUACCUUUUUUCAGCAAGUUUAGUGACAUUUUCUUCUGUAGUGUUUGCUUCAGGAUCGUGAAUUAAUCAGCUGUUUUGUCUACUGUUGCAGGUUUCAAAGUACGAUUCUUCUCGGCCAAUCCAUCUGGUAGGAUUUCCGUCUCUUUUUGCUUGUUAAAGUUGGUGUUGUUCACAGGAGUUUAAGCAAGGUGUAAUUUCUUGUCCCAUACUUUCUGUGUGUCAGUGAUAUCCUCCAUGUUGAACUAAAACUCUAAAUUACGUAGUGGAUGUGGCUGACUGGCAGGAAACAUUGGAUGAAAAUGUGCACCUUACUUUUAUUCUUGUGAUUAUGGAUGUCAAAUUACAAUGCACAGUUCCCGUCGAGACAAUUUAAAUAUUAUUUGGUUGAUUGGUUGAACAGUUUAAAGUUUUUUUAUUGUAUAAAAUGUAAGAAGAUUGUUUACAAGCUUUAAAGAGGUGUCAGAUAAAAUUGAAAACCGUAGUGAAAAAAUCAGUUGACAAGCAUUGUAGUUUGAAGUCCCAGCUCUUUUAUAUUUUUCUUUUGUUUGAAACUGGCAUGCCUCUUGUGGAAAAAUUUUUUUAACCAAGCUUUUGAUCAUCUAGACUUCACCAAUUUGUGAUUAUUUUUGUACUAAAAGUUCACAAAAUUGAAAACACCAUUGUUGAAUUUGUGGUUAAUUUGGCUCUCAUUUUGAACUCUUUAAAACACUGAUGUCUGUAUUGUACAAAUGUCCAUCUGUGUCUGGUCUCUGAGAGAUUACUCUGUUGAGGGUAUUAAGGUGGUUUUCUAGUCUGUUGGCUAUGAGAGGGCAAGCUUGGUUGGGUGGGAAAGUGGUGGGGUUGGAAUGAAAGGUGUGCAAUAAAUUGGCAAUAAAACAAAUGUCUUCAGGGUUUCAGGGGAUUAAAGUGUCGCCCUAUGGUGCUUUUGUUACACCCAUGUCUAAUCAACACCAUAAAACAUCAACAGAUGUGCUUCCAGUUUUAUGCAAGUUCCAAAAAUUGAAAUAUCAAACUGAAAAUAUGCUCCUCCAUUGUUGUCCUAUGCUAUUAAAAUGAACUGAGCAGAAAGGUUGAAUAAGCAAUGUCUGUCUGUUGGUUGAAAAAAGAUACAGUUCUGGUAAAUGCAAAACAGCACAUUUUCUGGAUGUUCAAUGGUGGUUCUUAAUGAGCUUCAAGCUAAGCACUUCAGGGCGAUAUUUUUAUUCAACUGGCUUACUUAUGAAGAUAUAUGUUUGUAACCAAAACAUAAGUUGUCAAAAGCUUUUUUGCAGAGAGAAAAUUCAGUUUGGACAGAGAAAUUCUUGUUGGCUCAUAUUAAGUUUCUUUUGGAACAUCUAGCAGUGAAGCACACCAGCACUGUAUAGUUGCUUAACAGAGACAAUCAUAUUGUCUUCCAGCUGUUAGUUCUCUGAAGAGAACUCUAUAGCUGUACUUGAAUGAUAAGUUUCAGGAGAGUUUCUGAGGAGAUCAUACACUGGAGGCAUGUUGGUUUGUAUUUGAAAAUUUGAUGCUUUGUAGAACCAAGAUCCAAAAUAUAUACCUGAAUAUAUUUUGCCAAAAAUAUAUAUUAUUGUGUUGGUGGCAUGGUCGUUGGAUGGGAGGCACUGAGUUCUUUCUUGAAAGUUUUUACUGGUUACAUUUUAACGAAACGAAGUCAGAAGUAAGCAAGUGCUAGGUGAAUGAAUUUGAUGCAUCUUGGUUGUGCAAAGUUCCUUUGGGGAUUAUUUUAUAUGAUGUUUAGAUGCAUUGCGUUAUUGGGUAUUGGGUUUGAAGGUUUUAACAUGCUGAUUACAGUUGUUGCGCUUCCAGAGUUGACACUGUGUUGACCACAAUGGACAUUGCUCACAUAAUUGCUUUUUUACCAGUGGAAGCUGUAUUAUUACAGGUGCUCGACGGUGUCCUUUCUCUAAAAUCUGUUUGAAAUUAAUAAAAGUAAUAAUUCUAAUUUGGUCUGCAUUUUAAUAGGCCAAAGUUAUUCCAUCACUGUCAAGAACUUCUUUAUUCUUGUGCUCCUUCUUAUUUUAAUCCUGAAAUAAGUUUCAAUCUUUUCAAUGUAAACAAAGGCAUUACUGUUAAAACAAGAUGUAGAUUUCAUAUCUCUUGUAACCAUCUGAUGUAACUUUGUAAGAAUCAUACACUAGCUUUUAAGUAUUUUUGUGACAUUUUUCUCUUUUUGGCAUGAACCAAACUUGUAAAGGUUAGGGUUUUCUUACUGACAGAAAUGUAACUCCAUUUGAUGCACAAGUUUUAGUCAAAGCUAGCUCUUUUUCAUCAAAAUCUAGUUUUUGUUUACACCAGGAAAUGUUUACCAGGCUUCUCAAGUGCAGGCAAGAUUCUGAGGUUGCUGUUAUUCCAGACCUAUAAAGUUAUAUAUUUUUUUACUUUCUUUUUUGUGAAUGUUCUUGCUUGUCCAAAAUGAUGCAGAUUACCAGAAACCAAUUUACGAGUUUACCAUAAGAAUAAGAAUGGUCCCGGGCAAAAAUAUUUGUAUGUUAAUGAAUUUCACUGAACUUGACCAUAACAGUAAACGUUCUUUUGAGAGGGAAUGAGUUAGGAAAAGCAGAACGAAAAGUUCUCACGUCUCACUCUAAUCAGCACACAACUUCAGAGAAAAUAUAUCUCAAAUUUACUAAUCUCCCUUUACUACUGAACAUUGAUUUGCACUAUUUGACAGUUGACAGUGCUCCUUGAUGAGCUAUACAGCAAUCUGUGUUAACAGCAAUCUCCUUAUUUUGCACUGUAAAGAAUUUUAUGCAGUUUCGUCACGUUGAUGUAAUAGGCAACUUAUUGCCAGGGCUGAAGACUAACACUUCAAUUUUAUAGCCCAGUGACUUUGACAAAUUUGAUUGCACUGACAAGACAAAUUUUUCACCAGCCAAACUAAAUUAAAUGAGUUCACUCAAUUGUUUUGCAAGUUGGUUAAAAUGGAAGAAAAUUGGCAUAACAUCACGUGCUUUUUGAAAAAGAAAAAAUUUCUUGGCCUUGUGAACAGAUUUUCAUCACUUUUAUUUUAUUUCUGUCAUGAAUAGUAGCAAGUGGUGGAGCAUAAACAAACAGACAUAUAAACCAACUGUAAAUUACAUGAUUCAACUUAUUUGUAUGGUUUUGCACCAGUCCAUGUGCUUGGAAAUUUUCUCCUAAUUGAACAGCCAACAGAGGUGCAAGAUUGACUUGCUGUCUUUCAAUACCAAGCUACAAUUGGUCCUAAGUUCUUCUUUCUAACUUUAUACGUGGAAUUAUUGAACAAGAAUUUUCAAUGUUACAUUGGCAAGAGCUUAGGUUUUGUAUUACUUGAGAAGUAUUGGUAAACAUUUUCUGUUUCGAAAGCAAUGUGUGAGCAAUUAUUAUUGUGGUAUCCUGUCGACAACAUACACUUCAUUACAGUGGAAGACAAUUUCGCAUGAAUUUUAUCUCCACAGUUGCACAGUGAGACAAGUUUUUUGUCUUUUUAGUUUUUAUUCGGUUUUCCUUGAUAUUGAAAUGGCAUUGUCUUUGGUGAGGUCUGCUAAAGGCCCUGAAUAAGGUGUCUUUAGCUAAAUGUGAUUUGAAAGAGUUGCUUGUCUGCAGUUACUCUCUAAGUUUUUUUUUUUUAUAGAACUAGUUUGAAUGUUGUUUGAUUCGUGGAGUUGCAGUAAAUAUUAUUGGAUUCGAAAUAGCAAAAUGCAUUCUUGUGUCAAAUUAUUUCUCUUGUUAACUCGAUUUUACUCCUUACCAAAGACAAUGGCAGUUCUCAUUUAUUUUUAUUUUUGGAAGUUUGGAUCAUGAGGGCUUUAUUUGCAAUGGUGAUUUUUCUUGUCGGUCAGUUGCAUCCGAGCUCUCAUGAUUCAAGACUUUUUAGUUACUUUUUUUGUUUUCUGUGAAUCAAUGCUUUGGAGAUCUAAAUUUUUCGUCAAAACUGUAUUCUAAAUCAUUUUUAAUUAAAUUGGAUUUACCUCCAUUGCUAGAUCACAAAAAAUACUUGGUUGCAAACUUUGUAGUGGGCAAAGAACCAACACAUUUGUGUGUGUGUGUGCACCACAUUUUAAUGGAUUCUAGAUGUUGUUUUUACUUGCCUGCAUCACGUAGAACAAGUGGAGUGGAAAGGGGCAGGGAGGGGUUUGGAGAAAGGAAAAAAAAUGCUAACACAAAAAAAGCUUUUUUAGCCCUUAUAUGUUUAUAUUUGGAGGAGAUUAGCUCAACUUGUGUUGGUUGUUUGUUGAGUACAAAGGUUGUUUCCACUUUGUGCAUGAAGGGUUAUUGAUGGGUUUGUUUCAUGUUUCAUUACUUUUACUCAGCCUUGAAGGGAAUGGCAGUUCAAAAUCUUAAGGUGUUUUGAUAAUCAAAGAAACCCCUUCCUCGGCAUGGAGGGAAAGUAAACCAUGGCUUUAAUGAUUAUCCCUUUUCUUUGUUUCCUUUCCUUGUAUGUCUUGCAGUCUGCGCAACAAAAUAUAUUUUUCAUUUCGAGUUGUCAUUUUAUGGUUUGAACUUCAGUGAAGAAAAUAGGACAAGUACAUGUUGCAGUGUUUCAUUUCUAUUUCGCCAUUUUCUGUUUACUUUACUUUUCAAUUGACAAUUUUCAUUUUUUCCCAAAUCAUGUCCUUAUUAUUCAAAUUUUAUAAUCCUUUCUUAAAACAUUAAUCACCAUUUCACUGUAACUACUUCAUUUAAUUUACUCUAAUUCUCUGCCAUCCCUCUUCUGGCUUAUUAGCCAGUUGACACAUCAAGCAGCCAGGUCAUUUGCAAAUGAAAGCGUCCCGCCCGCUUCAAUACAUGUCUGCUUGAUGUAGUCCAACGUAAAACUCGGGGGUUUGGGAGGUCUGGGAUGGGAAGUGCUGACUGGGGUUUGUUGGCAUCUGCUUGUGUUUCAGAGCAUAAGAGAAUGUUUAGGACUUUUGUUCAAUGUGUCAUAACUUUUGCCUUGCAGAAACUUGGGAGAGUUUUGCAGAGGUCGACAAGAGUAAGUCACAUCAGGUGAGGAAUGGGUGUAGCUCUACUUUUACAAUGUAAGGGUCUCAUUUCUCAACUCUCAACUUUUUCAUCUCUGGAAGGACAAAGUAUGAUUUCAUCCUGUUACAACCCAUUUCUGAGUUUGAAACACCCUCGCUUUGAAAGUGAGGCCAAAUGCAAUACCUUGCUUGUGAAAAUGAGCUUUUUUGGAUAUGAAUAACGGUGUUCUCCAGAAAAUAUUGAUACUGAUACUGAUAUCAAAGACUUUGCAUGUAGCAUUGUUUUGAAAUGGAAGCUUGGAGCUGCUCAGAAUGACCUGUUGCUUGACUUCUAUUCUACCUUACGCACAUACCUAGCAAGGCUUUCUGGAUCAGAUAAAUUAUUAGAAAUCUAAAGAAAGAGUUCCUAGGGAAACUUACCAAAGUCCCAAGAGUGGCCAACAUCAAUUGUCUUCUAACAAUAUCAUUACAUUAUCAAGGGAAAAGGUUAUGAGAAGGAAAUGCUGUAAACCUUUAUCAAAUUCUCUCAACUAAUACUUUAAGGAAAUAUUAUGGGGAUCAGUCUGGAGAAUUUGUGUGUGGAUAAUGCAGCCUAAAGCAUUAUUAAGUAGCGAUAAUUUGUAAAGAAAUAAUUAAUUUAUUUUGGCAUGUGCAGUUUUGUAUGUGCCUUGAAAGUCCUUGAAUCUUAAAACAAAAAUGCAAGGCCUUGAAUGUCCUUGAAAAUUGCAGUUGGUACUGGAAAGUCCUUGAAUUUCAAUGCUAACUUAAUAGGGUAAGGAAAAAUGCAAAGGAAAAGGAGCAAACACAAAGACCUUUAGGAUAAAAUUCUCCUGAUGUGGAAGAACUACAAAGAGACAAAAUGUGUCCUUGAAAGUCCUUGAAAAGUACUUGAAUUUUUUUGUUCAAAACUGGGUACUAACCCUUCAUGUUCAUGGUUUGGCAGUAAUUAUGAUAGACCAGUACAACUUAAGAUUGUCAACUGGUCAGAGUGAUUCUAAGAGCUGUCCGAAUUUGACUUAGCCUGUGUCAGCUCAGUGGCAGAGAUAAAAAGUCUGCCAAGAGUGGUGAGGACAAAUUGUAGCGAUCUUGAAGACAAAAUGUUAAUUUGCUUUGUUUGUUAUCCACAGGGUGCUGCUGUAGUGCUCACUCCUGCAUAUUGUGACACUCAGAUAACCUCUCCCGUCACUGUUAAUGUGGUGGUAAUGUUUGGAAACGGCAGAGAUGCAAAAUCCAGUGAUCCUAUUGAGUUCACUUACAAACCUAAACCAAACGUACAGGUUCAGGAAGUUCAAAUGCAUCCUAGUCUGCCUGUUGCCACUGAUAAUUUCUUGCAAGUGGAUUUUAUCAAUCCUAUUGGAGAUGUUGUGAUGAACAACAUACCCCAUGAACUACUGCAACCACCCACACCAGCUCCGGAACCCCCCCAACCAGCAACAGUUGUAUUACCUGUGCUGAAUGAUGAACAAGGUAACAAGUGACGGCAGCAUUAUUGUUAGGCUGCUUGUUUUUUUUGCCUAGGGCCCAGUUGUUUGUGGGCCAAUCAGUGUUAAUCUUAAGGCAAAUUUUAAUCAGGUUUUCUCUUUCUUUUGUUCAAAAACGUUUUUGCGGAAUUUUCUCUACACAGGGAUCCAUAUUCCUAGUCGUCCGGUCAUCCCGCUUUUAUAUUCUGAAUUCAAAUUUCAAACUGUCCCGGGGUUAUCUUGACCCAGCUUUGAACAACUGGGUGCAACUGAAAGCAAAAAAAUAAUAAUAAUAAAAUAGUAAUACAGUACAGAUAAGCCGGAAAGUCAGCUUUGAAACCACCCGGUUUUCUCAACAGACCAUGGCUGUGAACUAGUUGCAUUUAAGACAUUAAUCCAUUGGUGUUCUCAAGUUCUAUUUUGCCAUAGAAACCCCUGCCCUCUUCCCCCACCUGAUUUGAUUCAAACCAAACCAGACUUGAAUUUUUUGAAGGUAGCAAAGGCAUCAGUUUGCUUGAUGAGGUGCUUAUUGUUGUGGUUGUCAAUUUGUCUGUAGAUUGGCAGUCAAUGUGUCUUGUUCUUGGGGAGCUGCAUAAGCAAGGACAACUUUCCACGGAACAUGUCAAGGUACUCAUCACUUAAUUAUGACCACCAGCUUGCUAAAAAGGUUAUGGUCGGUUUAACUAUGCUAGGCUGUAGUCAACUUGCAAAAAGACUAUCACUUUUUCCUUAGUCCUGAACUGUCUUUUACAGUACAGUCAAAUCUCUCUAAGACGGACACCUUUGGGACUGGCACUAGCUGUCCGUCUUAAAGAGAGAUGUCUGUCUUAUAGAUAGUCAAAUAGAGGGAGCUAAGAAAGGCAGGGACCAACUCUAGGUGUCCAUUUUACAGAGGUGCGCGUCUUAUAGAGGUGUCCGUUAAGAGAGAGUCAACUGUAUACCAUAUGUUACAGUAUUUACAGUCAAACCCUGUUAAUACGGACACUGUGAAGGGUCUAUAGAAAGUGUCUCUAUUAACGAGGUCUCCAUAUUAGGUGGGUCAUGUUAUUAAAGUGAAAAAAAAAACAGGUUCUAAUAGUACAAAUGUAUUACUAAGGGGAUAAAAGAGGACAUAAGCAUCAUCAAAUGUAACAUCUCUAAUCUUCACAAAGCUGUUACUCUACAGACUAAAUCCACAGAAACACUCAAAUCGCUCACUGCAGUCCUAAUGCAGAGGCCAUAGGUUUUGAAUCUUUAAAUUUGUAAUAUUAUUGCCACAUCAUCUUCAUAAAAUUAUUAAGUAUUUCUUAAUCAAAACCAUUCUCUGCAUAACAUGAAGGAUGCCAAAAUAGGCUGAAAUUGAUGACUGAAAAUCAUUCAAUCUAGUGUAUUGUAGCACUGGGAACAUUGAAAUGCUGUCAACUGUAGGAAUUUUCACCUUCAGAAAGGAAGGAUCUGUUACAGUAAAGAGUUAAAGUGAAGUGUCCGCUUUAGCGAGGUUGACGUUCUGUGAGAGUCUGUUGAUUAGGCAAGAAAAAAGUGUCUGUUGUCCGCAUUAGAGGGUGUCCGUAUGCCGUAUAAGUGAGUUGAAUUAUUUAGAAAUAAUAUAAGGGCUUUCCCCAGGGACAAAGAAAAGUGUCUCUAAAAACGAGGUGUCCAUAGUAAGCAGGGGUUCGACUGUACUUAAAAAUGUUCAUUCUUCAAUAGGCACUAACCUCAAUGAGUGUCCACCAGCUCUAAGUGUAUAAAUAAGUGCCUCUUGAACAUAGCACUGAUAUCACAACAUAGACUUUUUUUUCUUAUACAGGACCUCUUUCUUCUCCACUAGGUCAUUCCCAUCAGACCUAUUGCUAUGUCCUUGUAGAGCUCUUUCAUUUGUAUUCUGUUAGUUUGUUUUUCAAGCAACUCCUCCCCCUAUUGAUUAAGUUCCCUCUGAAUAAGCUUCCCUGUCCACUUUUGGCUCAAUUUUUGUGUCUUGUUUAAGCAAGUACGUUAUUUGUAUUUUUUUUUAAUACAAACUGGUUAAUUUCAGGAGUUAUGUGAGUACGUGAAGAGAAGGGACACUCUACUUCUUCAAGCAUUUCGUACUGCAAGAACAGCAAGCACUAUAGAACAACUACAGGCGAACUUCAAACAGUAUCUGUCUGGGAUGCUUUGUAAUUUGUAGAUUGUAUUGUCCAUGUAAAUUAAAUUAUGUUAAUAAGCAAUAGUUUAUACGUAUACAUUAAUUUUAUUACCACCAAAAUUAAAUUUAUUUCUUUGAUAUAAAAAGCUCAGGAGAAAAAAAGAGAUGAAAAAAAAAAUGUAAAUUUGUUAUCCCAGUCAUGCUUGUUGUUAGAUUUGUAGGUGAUAAUAAAUAUGACAAAGAAGUCCUCGGAUUUUGUUGCUUCUGUUGUAUUUGUUACCAUGUGCAUGUUAGAUACAAGUUUGAUUGGGAGGUAUUCACAAAUAUUGAAAAAUAGUUUGUAACUGACAAUAUAUUAUUGUAGUUUACAGAACAGGUGAUCCACCUAGUGUUAUACCCUAUCCUUAAAAGAAGUGGAUUUCCUUUUUCACAAGCUUAAAGGUCACUUCUCUCUUGUGGCCCAGACAUUAAGGCAACAUUGCAUUUGCACGUAACAAAUUAGCACGGCCCCCAUCUACCCCUCCAGAUCCAGGUGUCUUGUCAUUCUUGUGACAUUGCUGUAUGCUUUAUGGCUUGUAACAAUUUCAAGGGUGAAAAUGCACUUUUCCUAGUCCUAAGCAGAAUGAUGCUAUAUUUAUCUGAUUUCAUAGUUACACUGCUCACCGUCACGGUUGUUACUUUCUGUUAUAAUCUUUCUCUUAAAUAUUUUUUCUUUAAUAAUUAUUAUUUUUUACACACUAUUGAUUGGACAAGGGAGUCGUCAUGAUUGAUUUUGAAAUUGCUAACAAUAACACGACUGAUGGUAAUCACCAACAUCCCUUUAAAAAUUGUAGUAACAAACUUGACACGUCAAGCUCUAUCUUUUUUGUCUUGGGUUUUGGUGUCUUUGCGGUUCCUUCGCGUAUCUGGUGAUUUCAAAAUCAAUGUGGCUCUUCCACACCUUUGACUUGCCAACUAACUUAUUUUCUUUUCAGGAAACUAUUAAUUAAAAUACGCUAUGAUUACUUGAUGUUGUAAUACCGUGUGUUAUUUGUCCUUGUAUCAUGCAAGUUUGCGGUCUUGCCAUAAGUGGAUAGGUUUGAUUAGUGUUAUAUAAACAAACCCCCCCCAAAAAAAGAAAAUGAAAAAAAAUUGAGGGAACCUCGUCAUUACGAUUCCGUUGUCGUUUUUGCUUGAUCACGUAACGGUGUUUGAAGUAAGUUCGGCAUGUUCAGCCUGACGCGGAGACGGUUUUGAGGUCGUAAGCCAUCAUCUGCACUCUGUGUACAUUCAACUUCCUCUGCCGAGACGCCUUUUCUAGCGGGACAGUUAACGGAACUGGCUAAGACUGUCUGCGCCAGAGGGAGGGAAGGUUUGGUUUGAAUCAGGCUGAAUGGAAUCGCGUAAUAUGUAGAUCAUUAUACACGGUCUGAAAAAGUUAUAUAGAUUGCAUGUUUUAUGUGCAUUGUUUUCUAUGGAGAUGAACUAUUGUAAGUAAGAUAUAGUGUCAUUAUUGUCUUGAUGUAAGACUUUGUUUAAGUUAAAU